AGACCUUUCCUUCGUUUCUCCUGAAUUUCGCAGUCGUUUGUCGAGGACGUUUCAUCAGGAUCCCGCAGUAAUUCAUUGCGAAAAUCAGUUUGUGUAAAAUGGAAGACAAUGCGAGUUCAAGUGAAUCGGAAGACAUCGAUGAAGAGGAGAGCGAAGAGGAGGAAGUGGACAUGAAGAGUUUCUCGUUCGGUGAACUCCAGGAGCUGAAGGCAAAGCUCGGGGUCAAAGUUUACAGAGAAGCCAUGUCGAAUGACUACAACCGACAACACAGAAAACGGGACUUCAAGCGUGCUAGCAAAAACCGACCUCGAGAAAUGUCUUCGAAGAAGCCACCGAAAAUCCAAUUUGCCAAACCGAAAAAGGAAAUCCGCGAUCCGAGGUUUGACGAUAAUUGCGGAACCCUCAAACCGGAAGCCUUUCGACAUCAUUAUAAAUUCUUGGAUGAAAUUAAGGAUCGAGAGAUGGUUAAAUUGCGCAAGAAAAUGAAGAAGAUGAAAGAUCCGGACGCGAAGACGGCCAUCAAAACUUCUCUUCAACGUUUGGAGAACCAAGUGCGGGAACAGAAGAAGAAUGACCUCAAGAGAGAAACCUUGGAGGUGGAGAAGGAGAAGAAUUUGCAGAGGAUGCGUGAGGGGAAGAAGCCCGUUUUUGUUGCAAAAUCUGUGAAACGCAAGGCGGCGUUGGAGGAGCAAUAUUUGGCACUGAAGAAAGACGGGAAAUUGGAUGGAUACCUGAAGAAAAAGAGGAAACGACUUGCUGCGCAAGAGAGGAAAAAUCUUCCCUCCUAAUUUUUCCAAGUUUUAUUUUGUACUCAUUUGUGAUGAGAAGGUGAAAAAGUAUGUUUCUCGGGGUUGAGUAACUCAAUUUUGGCGAUGAUUUCAUGAAUAUUUUGUGUGGUCUCAUUUUGAAUCCCUCGAAGUGGUUUUUACUAAUACCUGAGCAAACAUAUGAUGGCUGCAUGAAAUAAUGCGAAUUUGACCUUGAGUUGCCAAACCUGAAUGGAAGCGAAAAAAAGCUUGUAAAUGGGGAACACAGUAA